AUGACAUGCAGUUGCCGUUUCGUUCUGUCUCUGUUCUCAUCAAUCGAAUUCUUCCUACUAAACAACGAGUCUGAAUUUCUCGAGAAAAUGGUGAAACAGCCUAAUGUUGAACCUCUCGAAAAUCGCCUUAUGCCUUUUGGCGAUCCACCCGACUACGUGCAUCUGAGGACGAACGAAAGUCAAAUGCAGCUCAUUUCGAUGGGAGAACAGCCUGAAACGCCCAGUGGGUCCCCGUGUUUCAAUUCACCUUCCACACGGGAAGAGCCGCCCGCUGUGGUAUUCGUUCCUGGCAAGGUAAGAGAACCGACUGGGAGCAGUGCUCGGUCUUUACAGCACGCCAGCAACACCGUUGCUCUCGGUUGUCAGAUUGCCAACAAUCUCGAUCUCCAGUGGUAUCGUGACAUGCGCUUGAGUGACACC